AUGUUAUUAUCUAGUGCGGGACAUGAUGAUUAUACGGCCGUGUGGAUCUGCACACUGCCAUUGGAGCUUGCAGCAGCCUAUAUAAUGUUAGAUAGGCAACAUGUUAAGGAUCACAAUACUGUUAUUGCCUGUCUAUUCUCCAGGAUAACAGGUACUGUGUCUGCUGCGAGAGUCAUUAGUCAGAUACUCUCCACAUUCAGGCAAGUAAAAUUCAGACUGAUAAUCAGGAUUGGCGGCGGUGUCCCAAGUGAAGAACAUGACAUCCGCCUCGAGGAUGUUAUGGUCAGAAAACCGGUGGGACUAUUAGAAGGUGUCAUCCAGUAUGACUUUGGAAAGACAAUACAGCAGGGCCAGUUUCAGCGGAAAGAAAUACUAAAUAAAUCUCUAGAGAUAUUACUUACAGUAUUAAGUAACCUGCAAGCUCAGUAUCUUAUAAAGGGACAUGGAAUUAAAGAUACUAUCCAGAAUAUAGUUAACUAA